AAGUGGAGGGCGACUCUUGCGCACCUUCGCUCGUUAGUUUAUUUACGAAAGACAUUCUCGUUUAUGCAAUGCUUGCAUAAACCCUAGAAUACUUCAGUGUAAAAAUUGUGUAACGUGUUAAUUCUCUCGAAGUGAUUUUGUUCAGUGUGGUUUAAAAGUUCUAAACUUCAAAAAGUUUUUGACUAGUUUUGGUGUGUUUACUAAAUUAUCAGAAUGAGUUUGAGUCGUUUACGUAGUGUUGUUAGGGCCGACUUGGUGAAAGUUUCCUCUACAAGCGCGUUGGUGUCGAAAUUACGGGGACCUUGCUCGGGAAGGGACUUAAGCACAUCAGAGGCCCACCGCGUCACGAUUGCCCAACACACACCGAAGCCAGAUUGGAACCGAGCUGUGAGCGAAGCAGAGAAGAUAGUGGGAUACCCAACUUCUUUUCUAAGUCUGCGAUGGGUAAUGAGUGACGAAAUUGCGAAUGUCGCUUUGCACUUGCGAAAAUUAGUCGGGAGCAAUCAUCCUUUAUUGAAAACUGCCAAAAACCUGAUCUACAAUGGGAAGAACAACAUGCAAGCGUGGGGUCUCAUCGUGCUGCUGGUAUCGAAGGCGGCAGGUCACAGCCCAGAGAUACCUGAUUUGGAGCAAGACAAAGCUGCUGGAGUGUUACACAGCCAACGCGCGUUAGCAGAGGUAACAGAGAUGAUCCGGACAUCCCACCUGGUCCACAAGGCUCUAGUGAACAUGAAUACUAGGCAGCUCACAGUAGCCGAGCCUGACGACAUGACCUUUGGAAAUAAAAUAGCGUUGCUUAGCGGAGACUAUCUGCUCGCUAACUCGUGUUCGGAGCUCGCUAACUUGAGGAACCAAGAACUGGUCGAGCUGAUGUCCUCAGCUGUGCGAGACCUGGCCGAAGCAGAAUUCCUGGAGAGAGACGAACAGAAUAACCCGCUGCCGUCGCGGCCGGUCACUGAAGACGGAGAACCACAUACAGAAUGGGAGUGCGUGAUCGACCCCCUACCUCUGACCGGCGUGUUGGGGCGCGCUCGGCGCGAGUGGGCGGCGCGACACGUCCUCGCAGCCGGCGCCUUGCUGGGCAAGAGCUGCUCCGCCGCGCUCAAGCUGGCUGGACACCAGCCCAAGCUGCAGACGCAGGGCUACCUCUUCGGCUGCCACCUAGCCCUAGCCUGGCAGGCCUUCCUCGACUUGGAACCGUUCUCCGGACCGGAACCCUCACGCUUCUCCUUAGUCGGAGCUCCAUUGGCGUUCACGCUUCAAGCGAGACCUGAGCUGUAUGAGUACAUAGAGGCUGGUCGGAAGAGUGUGCACGAUGUCGACUAUCAUGCGCUAUACAAAGCAGUCCUAGAAGGAGACGGCAUCGAACAGACCAAGAAACUUCAGCGAGAGCACAUAGCCACCGCCUGCGAAGUCCUAGACAGUUUCCCCAACUGCGACGCCAGGACCGCUCUCACCAACAUCAUAGUGGCCAUGCACCACGACCACCUUUAGACCUAACUGUGGUAUUUUAUACUGUAUAAUUUUAUAUCAAUAUCUAGGUAACUAAAUUCAUUCCAGAAACCAUAACCACAGUAUAAGGACGACUCAGUAAUAAUUCUUCUAACAAAUUUUGCGCCGCGCGGUUUGCCCUUGAGUAGCGCUCUGCGCGAGCGAGGUGCAGAGAGUAUUUGGAACCGGAUGAUGCCGGUCGCGUCAGUACGCAAAAUCUGAGUCGUACCAAGAACCCACCUGGUAGCACUCGUACACUCGUAGAAUGAAUUAGUUCUGAUGAGGUUGUCGCAUUAUAGUAAUAGGCUGGCAAAAAAGAGUAGAAAACAAUAGGGACGCCACCGUUUAAGAUGUAAACAGCUUGGCAUGAAGCAACUAUUGAGUCAAUUUUGUAUGAGAACAGUAAGUCUGGCUAUGAUAAAAAAAAUUGUUUAAUUUCUACUUUUUUUACGAUGCUGUAGGUCCCUGUACCUAUACCUACACUUUUCCAUUCGUGAAAAGAUUUUAUAAUUUGAGAAAAAUUAGCGUUACCGAUGCCUAAGUUACCAUAAAAUAUUAUAUUUAGACAUUACAGUUAUAUGCACUGUCAUUCUACCUACAUGACACAGAUUUUUUCAACUUUAAAUCGUAAUUAUGGAAAUCUGUAUUCACUUAUUCUACAUAAACAGGUAUAUAACUAUUCUGUAUGUUUACGUAUGAAAAAAUAUACAAGGUAUUAAGUGCAUGUAAGUAGCGAACUAGUUUACUAUCUAUAUUUUUA